AUGGCUCCCUCCGCCAUCACCCCUGAAACCUCCCCCGAGCGUCACAUUUUUGUCAAAAAGCUCAAGGUGCCAAGUCGAUCUCGCCGCAGCUUUGCCUCACCGGUGCCGUCCAUCCUGUUGAACGAUGGCAACUCUAUUCCCCAAGUGGCCCUGGGUGUCUACAAGGCUCCCAACGGUCAAGAGACCGAGGACGCCGUGACUGCCGCCCUCGACGCCGGUUACCGUCACAUUGACUCUGCUGCCAGAUACGCCAAUGAGGAAGCUUGCGGCCGGGCCAUCCGACGCUGGCUCGAAAAGACUGGCACUCCCCGCGAAGAAGUCUUCAUCUGCUCCAAGCUCUGGGACACCGACCACGGCUACGAGGCCACCUUCAACGCACUUUGCGACUCUCUUGAUAAGUUCGGACUCGACUAUCUUGAUCUCUACCUGAUUCACUCUCCAGCCGAAGAUGAGCAGAAGCGUCUCCAGAGCUGGCGUGCUCUUGAAACCGCUCAGCGACUCGGCAAGGCCAAGUCCAUCGGUGUUUCCAACUUUGGUGCUGCCCAUCUUAAGAAUCUCUUGCAACAUGCCACCGUCGUCCCUGCCGUCAAUCAGAUCGAGGUGCAUCCCUUUUGUCAGCGCGAGGCCCUGGUUGAGUUGUGCAAAAAACAUAACAUUAAGAUUGAGGCAUAUUCUCCCCUAGCCCGUGGAAACAAGCUGGAGGAUCCCACCAUCAACGCCAUCGCCAAGAAAUACAACAAGACGCCCGCUCAAAUCCUACUCAACUGGAAUGCUUCUCGAGGCAACGUUGUACUGCCAAAGAGCUUGACCGCUUCCCGUAUCCGGAGCAACUUGGAAAGCUUUGACUUUAAGCUCCAUGCCGAAGAUGUCGAGAAGAUCAACGCUCUCGGCUCAGAGAACUACGUCACCGGUUCAAUGCACAAGUCGAAGGAUUGA